AUGUCCUCUGCUGGUACAGGGUGGGGGGAGAAUUGUAGCGUGCCGGUAUUACCACAUUCGCGACCACGACCGGAAUUGACUCCGUCGGUGUCGCAGUCGCUGCUCGGGAACGGUGAAGUCAACAUGCGGUCGGUAUCCGGUCACGAACGUGUAGCGCGAAAGUGGGUUAGUGUGCUCAAGGCAGACGGUGGUAGGAUGCGUUUUUCGGUACCGCUGGUGGUGCCGUGUUUGUUGCUGCUGGCCGCAACCGAUCGUACGUGUGCUAUCAGCUACCGGAAGGACACGGGAUUCGCCACGGAUGGUGUGGAUCAGUUCGUGUUCCGGGAACCUUCGACGAGCGCAAGAGAUCCUCCUUCCGGUGCACAGUUUACCCCGAUGUACGCACACAUCGACCCACAGGUGAAACGUUCUGGAAGAGUCCGCUUCAGUGACGCUCCCGACACGGCGUCGUUCAAUGGUGGCGUGAAGAACAACUUCUUCGGAACAGGAUCCGUAACUAGCGUCGAUUCGUCACCUGCUGGAUCGUCGUAUCUUCAACGCGAACGUGACAGUGACCAGUUCUAUACGGUCGGUGCCUCGAUACAGUUUGCGGGCAGUGGAGGGGAUACGAUAACGCCACCGCCACCACUACCCCCAGUAAACAACCGCCAGAAACCUAAACGAAAGAAGAACAAGUACAAUUAUGUAGCGAAUGAUAAGAUCUACAAUACGGGUGAUGGUUUGGAACAGGGUCAAUUUUCUUCCUACGGUAGCUACGGAGAACCGCAGCGAUAUUCUCCACCGUUGCAAGGUAACUAUCUGACACCGAAUGGAGCACGCCCACAAGGUGGACAGUAUGAUCCAGCGAUAUUAAACUACCCUGAGCUACAGAGGCCACAGUAUCCGUUUAGCAUCGGAACUCAAUUCCCUGGCAGUAAUUACUACAACACCCAACAGCAGGCAGCGUCCGGUGCGGGAAUUGGAUCUUAUAAUCCCUACCAAUACCAAUACCCAGGAACAUACGCUUCGGAUGCACCGUAUGCCAAUCCCUACCAACAAGGAUACUAUUCACCACACCCUCAACAACAGUUGCCAGGCGCCACCGGUUUAGGACAACCGCCCAACGCGCAAAGUAUUCUCGGAGUGCUACAGAGCAUCUUUAACUUUGCACCGGGAACAUUCGGAUCGCUCACUGCGCCAGGAACACGUCCAGGAGGUGCCUUUUCCAGUCCUCAAGGAUCUGCCGGUGGAUUUGGUGGUGUCGGAGGACAGCUGCGGCAGGCGCUGGAUAACAUUUCCGAAAACGAUGAACUACAGUGCGUUCCGAAGCUGGUCUGCAUGAUGUCGCGGAGUUCCAGUGGGCAAGGGUUUAGCAGCUAUGUGAACAGGGGUCUACUGUCAACCAUUCUUAGUGCUGUGCCGGACAGCUCACCAUGGUUGAAGUUUUCGCGGGCCGCUCUGUUGGGUUACGGGAUCGGAGCAAACAGCUGCGAUGCCUACUAUCCCAAGUGUCCGAAGGAUGAAAUGCAGAUCCUGUACUACCUGAACAACCAUCGGGGUGGAUUUUUCCGGUUCUUCAGUAACGGUGAACAGGGCCCAGGGCAGCAACAAUAUGGAUAG